CGCUGCAGCAUGACCGCGGCGGACGCGCAGGACUAUCUGUCGCGCAGAGCGAUCCCGCAGCUCUUCGAGAGCAUGCUAACAGGCUUGAUGUAUUACCACCCUGAGGACCCCAUCGACUACCUGGAGUGCUGCUUGCAGAAGGUCCGGGAGCUGGGUGGUCCCGAGAAGGUGCAAAGGGACACUUUCAUUGGCCAGGAGCGGUGGACCUUACCCCCCAUCAAUGGCGGGCAAGGGAAGAAACCCAUUUUCUGGCCAGACUCCCUUGCAGGGCCAUACCGCCGGUAUGGGUGCCUGCCACCCAUCCAGAGCCAGUUCUCCAUCGAGAGUGACUCGGACAUGACAGAGUCCACUGGACUGAUCCAGGAGUAUGACGUCUUCAACCCCAGUAGACCCCGCCCCAAAAUCAUCUUUGUGAUCGGAGGCCCUGGCAGCGGGAAGGGCACUCAGAGCACCAAGAUGGCCUCCCACUUCGGCUUCGUCUGCAUCUCGGUGGGUGAGAUCCUGCGCAACCAGCUGAUCCACCACGCCACCAGCGACAGGAAGUGGGAGCUGAUCGCCAAGAUCAUCGCCAAUGGGGAACUGGUCCCGCCAGAAACGACCAUUGAGGAGCUGAAGCAGCAGUUCAUUAAGCAGCAAGAUGCCAAAGGCUUCGUGGUGGACGGGUUCCCGCGGGAGAUAGGACAGGCCUUCACCUUCGAGGAGCAGAUUGGCUCCCCAGACCUGGUGGUUUUCUUGGCCUGCUCCAACCAACGUCUCCGGCAGCGUCUGGAGAAACGGGCGCAGGAGCAGGGCCGGCCGGACGAUAACGCCCAUGCCAUUGACCGGAGGGUGGAGACCUUCAAGCAGAACAUCCCACUGAUUGUGAAAUAUUACCAGGAAAAGAGCGUCAUUGUCCGGUUUGACGCAGACAGAGAGGAGGACGAUGUAUUUGGUGACAUCAGCUCUAUGGUUCAGGAGCGGCUCUUCCCGCAUGGCAUCGAUGCAGCAGGGUCGCCGCCGUUGGCUCUGUUAGACUCGCCUUCUGGUGCAGACAGAGAACAUCCUCAGGAGGAAGAUGAGGAAGGGCAGACUGAAGAUCUUUGCCCAGAUCUCCUCAGGAUGGCAACAGAGAAACUGAAGAACAGCAAAAUCAUCUUCGUGGUGGGCGGGCCUGGCUCAGGAAAAGGGACCCAAUGUGAGAGGAUUGUCCAGAAGUAUGGCUACACCCACCUGUCCACCGGUGACCUCCUGAGGGCAGAGGUCAACUCCGGCUCGGAGAGAGGCAAGAAGCUCUCUGCCAUCAUGGAGAAGGGAGAGCUGGUGCCCCUGGACACAGUGCUUGAUAUGCUGCGAGACGCCAUGGUGGCCAAGGCAGAUGUCUCCAAGGGGUUCCUGAUUGACGGCUACCCCCGAGAGGUGAAGCAAGGCGAGGAGUUUGAGAAGAAGAUCGCGCCCCCAACGCUGCUGCUCUAUGUGGAUGCCGGGAAGGACACCAUGGUCAAGCGUUUGUUGAAACGGGGUGAGACCAGCGGGCGGGUGGAUGACAAUGAGGAGACGAUCAAGAAGCGCCUGGACACUUACUACAAGGCUACAGAGCCGGUCAUCACGUUCUACGAGAAAAGAGGGAUCGUCCGGAAGCUGAACGCCGAAGGCUCCGUGGACGACGUGUUCGUACAGGUCUGCACUCAUCUGGAUGCCCUGAAGUAAAGCACGAGAGGGACCCCCCCACCUCUAACCCCUUCCCACCUAGAGAGAACAUCACCCUCUUCCCACCCCCAGAGCCCAAGUAUUCUCCCCCCCUCCCCGCCCCGAUUCGAGCUCCAUGGCAGAGACAGCGGAAGUGGCUUUAUCCUGUUUUCGUGGACACAGCCCCGUGGAGGAAAUUUCAAGGACAUUGUGUUUGACUCCUUCCCUUCUCGCCACAGUAAAAUUCACUUUAAUGAG